AUAAUAUGACAGCAGUUCAUUCUCUCAACUAUUAUGGGAUACUUCAAUAAACUCUUGGAAAAAUAAGUGUCAAAUAUUAUAUGUUGUACACUUACCAUGGACUCCAAAUAAAGUUCCAUAGAUAAAUGGACCAUUCACUUCUUGAACACUUAUUAGGUGUUGCCAGUAAGUUUUUGAACUCUGUUUCCCUCUCUCUGGUUGUAUGCUAGCUGGAUGAAAUAUAAUACUCUAAAACUACAAGUCUGCAACUAUUUUAAUUACUAGCUCCUAGUGUUACACACUAUUCUCCCAAACUCCCUCAGCUGUAGAUCUCUCAUUAGUCCAUUUUCAUCUGAAAUCAAUGGAUCCUCCACCUAUUCCUUCCCAUAUCACUGCCACUCCCAUAGUUACCAAUAUUGCCCAACAAAACUAUCCAGAUUCUGCAAGCUCCUCUCCGCGCUCCCGGCAAAAUGACACGUGGGACCAGGAGUCUCUGCCACCUGUCCCCGGUGCAAAACUCCGCCUCAUGUGUAGCUAUGGGGGUCACAUCAUUCCCCGUCCACACGAUAAGUCCCUAUGUUAUGUUGGUGGUGACACCCGCAUUGUGGUUGCUGACCGUCAUUCCUCCCUCUCCGAUCUUCAAACUCGCCUUUCCCAUACUCUCCUCAAUGGUAGGGGAUUUUCCCUCAAGUAUCAGCUCCCUAAUGAAGAUCUUGAUUCCCUUGUAUCUGUCACAACUGAUGAAGACUUGGAAAACAUGAUCGAAGAAUAUGAUCGCACAAUGUCAGCUUCGCCUUUGAAACCUUCUCGUCUUCGUUUGUUUCUUUUUCUUGCCAAACCUGAGACUGCUGCUUCCAUGGGUUGCCUGCUUGCUGAUUCCAAAUCCGAAACAUGGUUUGUUGAUGCUCUCAACAAUGCUAGUUUGCUCUCCAGAGGGCUUUCUGAUUCAGCAGCUGUAGAUAAUUUCCUGGAAAUUGAAACCAUUCCGAAAAGUGAUUCUGGUGUAAACCUGGAUCAGGCUCAGAAUGAAUCCUUGGCUGCAAACAAUAGGCAAAUGGAAAAGACUCCAUUAAUCCAAGAAGUGCAAUCCACUAUGCCUGAUUCACCAAUGGUUGAAACAACCUCAUCAUUUGAAUCCAGUGUUUCAUCUCCAUCUAUGCCAAAUUUGCCCCCAAUUAAGGUCCGGGAAGAUGGUCAAAUGACUGCAAGAUUCCACGAUCAGAUGCUCGGGUUAGAUGAGCAGUUUUCAAAUGCGCAAAAGCUGGAUAAUGGUUACAUUCAUGUGGCUGCACAAGCAGCAACACCCCCUCUUCCUACUGUGAUUGGCGGUGCAGCCGUUAUGUCAUCAGCUACUUUGGUGAAUGCUGCACCGGCUACAGGGGAAAAUCAUGGCCGGGUUAUCUCUGAUGAUGAAAAAUCAGAUCAUAGUGCGCUCUCUGCACGCAGAAAACCUCCAUUGCCAUUACAGCCUAUUCAGCGGAAAGUUGGAGAUGGUUAUAACUUGCCAUCACCUGAUUCAAAGCAUGCUGGAGGUUACAACUUGCAAUCACCUGAUUCUGUAGCAAGUGAUAGCAGCAUUGCAUCAGGUACAUCUUUCUCGAAACACACGGUUUAUCAAGAUGCACCUCCAGCGACAGGUCGCGAAACCAGAGUGGCUCCUGCUGUAACUGACCCCAAAAAUAAUGUUAUGGACUAUAACUCUCAAAUUCAGAUGCAGCAGCAAGUUCAGGAUUCUGUAGCUAUGCAAGUUCCACAGCAAAAUCAACAGCAGCAGCAGCAGCAGUUUGUUCCUGCUAACGCACAUUACAUCCAACAUACUGCAACAGGUCCAGUGGCUUACUAUCAAAUGUAUGCACCCCCAACCCAGCAACCACUUCAUCAACAAAUGGAUCAGCAAUAUCAAAUGUAUUAUGUGCCAGUACCUCAGACUCAGCCGUAUAAUAUGACAGUGCAAUCUAAUAUAGCUGAUGCUAAUGCUGCUACAGCUUCAAGCCAGCAACAAACACCACCAAAUCCAACAACGCUUUCACCCUCAGCAAUGUUUAAAGAAGCACUCCCACCGAUUUAUCCAGCAAGGACAGUCCAGUCCACUAAGCCUGAAAUGCCUGCCAAUGUAUACAGAACAGCGACCCAGGCGAAUCCAACAGUAGUUCAAGUUCCCCAAAGUCAAUUUCAUCAGCAGUAUUACGGUGUUCCCCAGGUUCCUCCUCCAUCACAGCAAAUGGCUGCUGUUUCUAACGGCGCUGCUAAUUUUGGCUAUGAAUAUUCUCAUCCUAUGCAUGAGCAGGUGUACUAUACCCAACAAACAGCUCCACCACUUCCUUCUCAGUACCAAACUAUGACCCCUACCACCGCAGUUUUAUUAUCAGCACAGAUAGCAGCAGAGAAUACCACAGCUCAGAACAGAAAUCCAUAGCCUCCAUAAAUAACACUAGGCAUUUCAAAGAUUUGAUAUCAAGUGUAUUUUUCUUUUACAGUAUGGAGUAUAUCAUGGCAGAGAAUAAGGUUAUAGCAGUAUUCUUCAUCCUACAACAUGCUGCUGCUUUGAUGGGGGUGAGAAGAUACUUGCUUGUGGUGUCAUAAGGCAAAACUAAGAACAGUGCUGUAAUUGCUUCUCAUGUAGUUAUUGCUCCCCUCCUGGUCAUAUAUUGUCUUAAUAUUAACUGGUAUUGGAUAAUAAACAACAUAGACUAAUCUUUUGGCCGACAAUGUU